AUGCUGAGCUUGAAACCCCUCCUCUCUCACCAUCCGCAGAGCCCCUUCCUUCCGUGCCGCGUGGAAGCCGACUGCUGCCCUCUUCGGCCGGCUCAGUCGAAGCUUUCUUGGGCUGCCGCGCCGCUGCUGGGAGGCUUCUUCCCCGGCGGGGACAAUCUCUUGCGGCCUCUGGCUAGAAUCCGCCGCGGGGUAACUCCGUGGUCGCAGAAUUGCCGGUGGGAUGGGCUCGUAGAGAGUGUCGGAGAAGGCGAAAAAGGGAACGGCGGCCACUUGAAGAAUACCGACGUUGUUACGCUUGGGAAUCUCUGUGUGGACAUCGUCCUCAACGUGCCCAGCUUGCCUCCGCCUUCCCGCGAGGGGCGACGGGAGUAUUUUGACCGGCUUUCGGCCUCCCCACCUGAUAAGGUUCGGCGACAAAGAUCCUCGUCAGCUGGAUUUUUCACGUUUAUCUGAUUAUUCUUACCAUGUACUGUAAUAUCCGUGUCUUUAGCAGUGGAGAGUUUUGGAUAGCUUGAUGUAAUGAAUUUGGUCACAUUAUGCUUAGUUUUUCGGCGAUUUUUCGAGACCAAAAUUGUCCAUUCCUUCUCUGUGAGCUAAGUUACUAUUAUACGUGCUGAAUGUUGCCAUCUGUAUCUGAUUUUAGUUAUAACUCUGAUAGGAUGAUUCGCCUUAUUAGAAAAUCAUGUAUUAUGGCAACAAUCUCGGCUUAUUAUCAGUAAUCGCUAUUGCUACUGACGUGGCUUUCAACAAGGUAUACGUUGGGAGUAGUAGAGUUUCCUGUGCAAAUAAGGAAACCGAUUGACGCUUUUCUGUCUCUUGGCUCAAUAAAAAUGAAGAUUUCAUAGGGCCAUCGUGAAGAAGGGAUCCCUAUCCUGACCUGAUCUUUCACCCAGUCAUGUGCUUUCAAUUCAGAGGCACUUCCAGUUUGUCAAAAAUGCUAGAAACCUAUUUUUCUUCUUUUCCUUAUGAUUACAUGAUCACUUGUGACUCUUUCGAAAUCUCUGGGUUAAUUUUCAAAUAGAUUUUGUUGGUUAUUAUCUGCCAUUCGAAGAUGUCCAUGAAUCGGCUUAUUCAGAUCAUAAUUGCACUUUUGUUAUUUCUGAUCUGAUUUCAUAUGCUGAAUCCUGUCCCCUUAGAAUGAUAAAGAAAAACAUUGAUCCAAUUCUACUGGCUCUCCCGACCAUGGUUAAUCUUUAAAAAGGUGUUGCUCAGUAGAGAAGAUAGGGGUAUAUUUGUACAGAAGUCUAUGUUUCGAAAAUUUCUCGUUGAUCAGGAUUUUCUACUAAAGAUGUGUACAAAUUUUUUUGUAUGACUGGAACUAACUAGACAUAACUCUUGUAUUAGUUUGCCAAGCUUCGUCAAUUGAUCUGUCUGAAUCAUUCUGUAUCUUUACAUUGUCAUAUAGAAAUUUUGGGAAGCGGGUGGUAACUGUAACUUUUCUAUUGCGGCGGCAAGACUGGGCCUUCAAUGCUCUGUCCUGGGUUAUAUAGGAGAUGAAAUAUAUGGAAGAUUUCUCCUGGAUGUGCUUCAGGAAGAGGGCAUUGGUAUGGUUGGAAUGAAUGAAGAUUCUGAAGCUGCGAGGGAGUAUAGCGCCUCGUAUCAAACUCUUCUUUGCUGGGUUUUGGUGGAUCCAUUUCAAAGACAUGGAUUUUGCAGGUAUUUCUUUGUCAUUUUUCUGUUCUAGAGUCUCAUGUAUGCCGAUCGUAGCUUUAAAUUUAAUGAAAAUACCUCCUAAAGAAUUCCGCAUAUUUGAUCAUAAGCCCUUCUUCCUUCGUGAUUUUUGAAGAGAUGUUUUUCCAUUUAAGACUCAUUUCCGAUAAUUGGAACCUAUGCCAUGGAUGGCAUGCUUAAUAUAUCCAUCACAUCUUGGAUACACAUUUCUCGCUGGUCCUUCAUUUCAGUUAAUUCUCUAGAAGAGACGGAAUAGUUGAUGUACUGAAUAGAAAUUCGUGAGUAAUAAAGCUCCAUUAUAAACUAAGGCAGACAGGAAUUUACCCAAAAGUUUUCAGGUUGUGUCCAUAACCAAACCUCUUAAGUUACCGUGAUCAGAAGAACAUCUGAGAAAAUAAAAUUCGAGUAAAAACGGGUUGAAAGAGGGUAUGUGUCCUUGUUGAAUGGUAUAAAUAAAAAUUCUCUCAGACAAUGUUGUCAUGCAACGUAUGAUCACUAUCUUCCUCAUAAGGACUUUUCCAUCAUAUCGGUAUCAUGUAAAUUUACUUUUUAGUGAACUCUAUUGAAAGGUUUCUCUCAUUUUCCAAUUGAGUGUUAAUAUGCCAGUCCUAAACAAUAUCUGUUUUGGCAGUCGUGCGGAUUUUAGCAUAGAGCCAGCAUUCAGUUGGAUGAAGGAACUCUCUAGACCAGUUCUGACGGCUAUCAGGCAGUCCAAGAUCCUUUUCUGCAACGGCUAUGUUUUUGAUGAACUUUAUACCAAAUUGAUUGUCUCCGCGCUUGAUAGUGCAAUUAGUGCUGAAACGACAGUGUUUUUUGAUCCUGGACCUCGGGGAAGAAGCCUGUCUACUGGUACACCGGAAGAGAAAAGAGCACUCGAAUUGUUUCUUGAAUUCAGUGAUGUUCUUCUUUUGACGUCAGAUGAGGUUUGUGCCACUUAAGCAUGGGUCUUUUGAUCUCCAUAACGAAUUUCGAAAAAUAAUAGUAACCAAAAGAAACCUUUUGCUACUUGCUGACAUUUAUGGAAAUUUAUACUAGUCAGUAGUUAUAGAAUAUUUUUUUCAUCCUUUUUAUACCUUUUGAGGGUUCUUGUCUAGCUGUGCGACUUUUACCGGCAGUCUGUCAUGUGGUCUCCUACUUUUCUCUUGCGCCAGUCUUGUAAUCAUCAUACUUUGUGGAAUGAGAGAAAAAUGGGAUUCGACAAAAAUCAGCUGUUACCACAAGGAUGAGCUGACUCCAAUUUGACUGAAUUACUUAAACAGAUCCUUGAAGUUUCCCGUUGUAGCUAAAAGUGUAACAAAGUGAUUGGCGCUUUGUUAAAAUGGUCUUUAUUUCAAAAAGCGUCCUCUUUUCAUAACUCAUUUAGGAUUGGGGCAUGUUUUGGAUGGGAUAUAAAAAGGAUGUGGUUUUUCCUCGGAAAUUUCUUUAUUUUUAAGAACUACGAGUACUGCUUGCAUCAUAAAUUCUUUUCACUGUGGUCUUUCAGUCUAAUCUUUGAUUCUUGCUGCAAUGCUGUGGGGAGCUUUGCAGAACAAUAAUGGUAGAGUAUUCAUGUAUUUUCGAUUGUAGGAAGAAAGCCAGUCAGAAAAAAUAUAUCGCGUGAUUAUUUCAUUUGGGAAUUAUAAGGAGGCUGACUUCUGGGGAUUCGAUCAGUUUUUUAAGAAUUUACAUGUCUCAGUUUACUGAACUGGGCGUUAUUUUGAUUGUCAUUAUCAUCAUAAAUAUUAUCUCAUCAAUCUGGGAUUCGUUAGAUGUGGUCUGAACCUAAAAAGGAUUUCCGAUUGGUUACCUUGCCUAAUGUGAAUGCUGGAUAGUGGUGGAAAGCAAGAUAAAUUUCUGCGAAAAUAUUUUUUUAUUCAAAAUAACCAUUUCUGAUCUUAUGGAAGGUACCUGACUGAUGUAAAGUUCAGCAUUUGUUUAAGGUUUCAUUUGUGUUCCAAUGGCUUAGGGAUGGGUCUUAGCUAAUACGACUUGGUAGUCCCAUAGAGUUUGAAAGUAGUGCUGAAAAAGAGGGAGUUCUCAGGUAUUUUGUUUUUCUUUGUGGCUUCUGGUAAAUAAAUUUCUAAAGUAAAUUCGUUUAGGAACAGCCAUGUUCAACAUCUUCUGAGAAUAUUCGAAUUUCAAAGUCGAAUAAGGUAAAUUUAGGGGCGUCAAUAUUCCUGGAGGAUGCAUCACAUUGAGUACGUAAAAACAUGAGGUUUUUCUCUUCCGUUUCAGGAAAGCAACUCAUGGAACAUGGUUAUGUUUUCCAAUUUGUUUAAGGCUCGAACAAGACUGGCGUAUAUCUGAUCUUAUUUAUUAGUUGGAUGUCAAUCCUAUGACGCCUUGUGAAAUUAUUCUUUUUAUUCAAAAUUUUUCAGUCCGGUUUUUUGGGCCAGCCUUUUGUACUCUCCAUGGCAUUCAUGGAAAAUUUUUGGGGAUUCUAAGCAAGCUUUCUUUUAAAUGAAUAUACUUGUUUGACCUAUCAGCCGAUCUAGUGGAGUUUUCAAAACUAGGUUCCUAAAUAUAUGGAUGUUCCGAGAGAAAUUUGAUCUCGUGUGCUGAAAUUACAAAUUUAGAUCUUACUGACGUCGAAAAAUUUAAACGUUGUCCCAGCAAUCAAAUGCUUUCCUUUGUUUACUAAGUAAUCCUGUGUCAAAGUCGACCAAGCAAUGGAGACACGAAUCGCUUUUUAUGAUCGGUUCCUUUCUGAAUUUACAUUGAUAAAGUCAACUUUACAGUAAAUGACGUACGGUGAUGCAACUAACUCGAGAGAUAACUAUCUUUUAUUGCUUUGUUGUGAUGAAUGUCAAAUAUCAGGCUGAAGCACUGACUGGACUACCAAGUCCGAUUCUGGCUGGGCAAAAAUUGAUCAGUCAAGGAACUCGUACAAACUGGGUCAUCAUUAAAAUAGGCUCAAAAGGAUCAGUUUUAGUAACCAAGUCUUGUGUAUUCUGUGCACCUGCGUUUGAGGUAUGAUCUAGUUAAGUUCUAGUACAAUAUCUUUUGUGUUUCAAUUACUACUGUUUUGUGUUGCUACGUCUUUUUAAUGCUUAGAAGUAUCAUUGGAGAGGAUUAUUAACCUUUUUUCUGUGUGGAAUGUAUUCAUCAGGUCAAUGUAUUCGAUACGGUUGGUUGUGGAGACAGCUUUACUGCAGCAAUUGCUUUUGGUUAUCUGCAGAAUAUGCCAGAGAUCGAGAUGCUGGCUCUGGCAAAUGCAGUGGGUGCUGCAACUGCGACUGGCUGCGGAGCUGGUCGAAAUGUCGCCAACAGGGAUAAAGUUUUAGAAUUAUUGAGGCUUUCCAAUCUGAAUGACGACUAUCAAUUUUGGAAUCACUUACUAGAGACUGUUAUGGACAAAGAGGUUGUUCUACUGUCUAAGUCCUCCGUAAAUGGAAGCAAUGCUAAUAUGUCCUGUGUACCUAUACGAUCAGUGGCCUCCAGACUUGUUCUUGAGCUUGAGAAAAAGGAAUGUGCUUUCUCAAAGGAUUUGGCAGAGUAG